AAAACGUUUGUGCAGAGAAAGAUAGGCCGUGUCCUCCUGGUGUUUGGGAGUCCUUGCAGGUGGUCUGGAUCGAGCUGAAUCUGAACGAGAUUCAUUCCAAGAUCCGCCGCCAUCGGGAGAUACAAGUGAGAUACAGUUUCCAGUUCCCCUCCUCCCCCUCGCUCUCGUCGCCAGGUGCGAUGACGACGGCGCCCGGACAGCGCUAUGCCCUCCCUCUCCACCACCACUCCGGGGGGCUCCAGCAGGUCCCCGACGUCCGCCUCCCCUCCCUCAAGGAGCUCGAUUUCAAGUACCGUCCUCCACCCCCAGAAGCAGGCGUAGACAGAGAGCCACUCCAGCCCCCGCCCCAGGCCCAGCCAGACGUGCAACAGCCCUACCCGCCCUCCCACUACCAGCACUACCAGCAGCAGCAGUUGCCACCCCAUGACGUGGUUCCGCAGAAUGGCCCGACUCACCCCGCCACUAACCACACCUAUCAACAUCCGAGCCAUCCAAACCAUGUUCCCCAAAAUUCGCACUCCCAGUAUUCCUAUCCGCCUCCGACGGCACCCGCGCCUGCACCCGCUCCCCAGCAGCCACCGCAGGCGUCUCCAUACACGCAGCAAAUUCAACGAAACCCCCACAUGGCCCCACCACAGCCACAGCCCCAGCCCGCCUGGACCCAACCUCAUACGCAGUCCCAUCCAAUCCAAGAGCCGCAUAAUCAGUAUCACCAGCACGUUCAGCCGAAUAGACCUCAUCAACCAUUCUCCCGCUCGACGCCCUUAAUGGCCAUGCAAGUAGACCCGCGUCCCUCGCCGUCCGAACCACGUAGCGCUCACAGUGCACGUUCCUUCACCGAGGAUUCUGGUCGAUUCAGCUAUGAUCCCCGCCAAGCUCAGCAACCAGAGUCGCGAUCCGAGUUGCCGUCCGAUUCUCGAAGCAUACAUUCACAGCCCGGCUACACGCAGGCGGAUGCUGCUCGGAUGAAUCACUCGCCCGCAGAUGUUCCGAAAGCGUACCACCGGCCGACUGAUGUUCGAGCUUCCUCGAUUUCCUUUAUCGACCCGCAAGGCCGCAUGUAUCAGGCUCAUCAGGCGCACCAUCAUCAAAAUAGCCUCGCGAGCAGCAUCGCGUCGAACGAGGCCCCCCGGGCGCCUCCUCCGCCUCCGCCAUCCGCUCAUGGCCACUACCAUCCCCCCUCCUCCUCGCACUCUAUGCAUGGCACACCUAACGGCAUGCAGCCCCAGUACCACUCCCCCGUCGUCCAAAACGGGUUGACUCACUAUGGUGUGCGACCGCAGCCACCCACCCACCAAAACUCGUAUCACUCGCCUACCGAGCAGGCGCCCGUCUAUGCUUCUCCAACUUCGUACCUUCCUCCUGAAGGGGCUCAGCAGCGUGGGUACCCCAGCGCACCACCUCAGUCCUUUGCGCCACCACAGCCUGCCGACAUGCGCGCGACGUACACGCCGGAUUCGCGGCCAACCACGGCUGUCGAAUCUCUGUCAUAUCCGCAGACCACGGAGCUCCGGCCCAUGCUUCCGCUCUCCCGGGCGGAGCAGAACCAGAGCCACGGACAAGGCCACAGCCAGGGUCACAGCCAGAGUCAAAACCAUAAUCACCAGACCCCGCACCAAACGCACCAACAGGUCCAUCAGACGCACCAGAGCCAUCAGACGCACCAGACGCACCAAACGCACCAGCCGCAACACCAGACACACCAAGCUCACCAAGCCCAGGCAUACGACACGCGCCCACCGCAUGUCACCCCUCAUUCACGACCCCCUUAUCUCCCGCAGCCUUCGAGCACUUCGAGCAUUGCUGAGGGGAGGCACCAGUACGCUACGCCCGUCGAGGCGCGACAGGAAUACCAUGCGCCCCCUCCACAGCUGCCGCCGCCUGAGCCACGUCAAUCUGUCGUUGCACACGUCGAGCCGCCGGCGCCUCCCUUGCCCAGCCAAAGUCAAGGCCAAAGCCAGAGCCAGAGCCAGAGUCAAGGCCAGAGCCUGAAUGCGAACCAGGGGGCUGAGCGUCAGGGCUAUGGUGCGGGUGCGGAGGUUACGCCUCGCCCACAGGCGCCUCCGGAGGUUAAUAUGCGGCCUUCGCCUUUCAUGAAGCCUCAGCAGCCACCACAGCAGCCCAUGUCGCGUGCGCCGCCGCGUGCUCCGGUCCAUAGUAGGUCUGCGGAUGAUACGCAGGAGGUGAAGGUGCAGAAGGUGCGGGAGAGUAUUUGGAAAGAGAUUGUCGAGCAUUGCAAUGCACUCUACAGUUUUGCUAAUAAAUAUGCACAACACCAUUCCGCUACUGGCGCGCAAGUCCAGCCGACGAGGGAAGAGAUGGAAGAGAUGACACAUCGCGCCUCGGAGGUCGUCCGUCUUCUCGAAGAGCUGCGGAGUCCUUCGCCGUCGCUACACUCUGGCAAAUCGCGCAGCCUGCCCGUGCCCUUGGUGAUAAGCAGCUCCUCGAGCUCGCGCAUGGACGUGGACCCGCCGCAAGCAGACCGCCCGCCGAAGAGGCCCUGGGAGGACAUCAACGGGGACAGUGGCACGUCCGCGUCGGACAGCAAGACGCAUCUCCGGCCGCUGCGCGCGAAGACGCCCGCGUCCUCGUCGGCGGUGGCGGCGGCGGGUGAGAAGGUCGCGUCGGGUUCGGUUGGCGUCGAGCUCAACGGCGCGAAGCGCACGGCCGCGGAAAGGGAUAUGGAGACCAUUCGCAGCAAGAGGGCGAUGACGACCAGUAUGGCUGCCGCGAAUGGCGCGGGCAACGCGUCCGGGGCGGGCUCGGGUGGGGGUUCCAACGCGAACGCGACGAAGACGAAGUACAGGAAGCGAAGCAGGGCGACGCCGCCGGGCAAGUGCCAUUCGUGCAAUAUCAGGGAGACGCCGGAGUGGCGCCGCGGCCCGGACGGGGCGAGGACGCUGUGCAAUGCUUGCGGGCUGCAUUACGCGAAGCUCGUUCGCAAGCGGGACAAGGUUCUCCAAGCGGAGGGCGGCAACCCCGCUGAGGCCACAAAGAUCGACAUCGAGAUGCUGCGCGCCUCGGCGCGUGCCGCCGAAAAUGCCAGCGAGCGGCGCACGCAGCAGCAGUCGUCUGGGAGCUCCUCCAACGGAGCGCCGCCCGCUGUGACAGACACGUUCGAUAUCAAGUCGGGCGUGCACCAGGGUUCGUUCCAGAUUGAGGGCAUGGGCGUUAUGGACACGUCGGGCGGCGCUCCGCAGCCUCAGCCAUCUCAUCCCCAUCCCCAGGCUCAGGCUCAGCCACAGUCGCAACCCCAGUCUCAACCCCAGUCGCAACCUCAGCCGCAACCCCAGCCGCAGCCACAGCCGCAACCCCGACCGCAGCCACAGGCUCAGCCUCACGCGACGCCAACGCAGACAGCACGUUCGGCGAAGCCGAAGCAAAUGAGCAAGCUGAAUCAACAGACGAAGUUGAGUCAACAAAAGCCCCAGCAACAGCCUGCUCGGCCGCCCCCUUCCACCCAGCAGCAGCAGCAGCAGCAGCAGCAACAGGCGCCCACCUUGGCGCCUGUCAACGGCACACCGACGAUGUAUGCCUCCCAGCCCCAUGCGUCACAGCACUCGUACUCGCAUCACACCCUCUCGCCCAUAUCAGCGAGCUCGACCGCCCCUGCAAUGACGCAGCACCAGUCGGCGCCGCCCUCGUGGAUGACUAACGGCGGUGGCGGUGGCGGUGGCAACGGCGGCUCGGGCCGACCUUAUGGUGCCGAUCAGCUCCAGCAUCAGUCCUUCGCGCGCAGCUCGCAUUCUCUUGCGAACGGCGUUUCUCGUUGAGACGUGUCGGGACUCGCGCGUGCGAAGGAUAUGGGGCUGGGUGGUGGUCGGAAGCAGAAGUUUGUUACCUUCUUUUGCUCGGUCAUGUUCGUCGUUUGGUGAUAUGGCUCGUUCGUUCUCGAGCCUGUCUAGUUCUUUCCACGGUGUCGUCGUUGCUCCGUCUGGUUCCAGCUGCGUUCUCGUUUCGUGCUGUUCGUCUGUACACUUUCUCUUAGUCUAUCUAAUCGUUUUUGGACCUUGCCUCGACCUUGCGUUGAUGACUUGUAAUUGACUCUUGCUCUUUUUGUUGCCCCCGUUAAUCACCCUAAUUCGAUAUUCGUACGCAUAUCCUUGACCCCUGCUUUCUCAUUCCCUUUCUUCAUGUGCUCCAUAAUGCUCUAGCGAUUCCUCUUUUUCCGUUCUGAUUGGCUACACCUUUCUUUCCUACUCGCAUUCUUUCUUGUACCCGUACUCGUACCCGCACUCCCGUCUGCUCCUGGAUAGCGCUGGCUGCCCCGUCUCUUCCCGUUAUCCACCAUCUCUCCCAUUUUGCUAUCGUACCCUCCGAGCCGUACAGCGCUCUUAUUGGUCUUCCGCUUUCUUUUAUUGCACCUGCACCCGCACUAGUUCCUACGUAGUCCCGCACCUGCAUCGUCAUUUUUUAUAGCGUAUCCCACUCUGCCUGCUUGUAUCUAAUUGCUCCCCUCGUAAUUUGUAUUUCUU